AUAUAUCUUUGUACUAUUUUUCUCCUUUUAUCUUCACCCAAAGUAUUUAGUAAUAGUUUUCUAAAACUUUCAAGAAUAGAAGAUUCUGGGUUUUUCGUUUUCAUGUGAGGCUAUAACGAUGAGUUGCAAUGGGUGCAGAGUUUUGCGAAAGGGAUGCAGUGAGUCCUGUAUUCUGCGUCCCUGUCUUCAGUGGAUCGACAGCGCCGAGGCCCAAGGCCAUGCCACCGCUUUCGUCGCCAAGUUUUUUGGCCGCGCUGGCCUCAUCUCCUUCCUCUCCGCCGUUUCGGAAUCUCAGCGUCCUGCGUUGUUUCAAUCCUUGCUGUUUGAAGCGUGCGGAAGGACGGUGAAUCCAGUGAACGGCGCGGUAGGGCUGCUGUGGACGGGGAACUGGCAUGUGUGCCAGGUGGCGGUGGAGACCGUUCUCCUUGGCGGAACCCUCCGGCCGUUGCCGGAGUUGACGGUUUCUUCACCGGCAUCCGAUGAAACUUCGGAAGCAACCUGGACGGAUACUCGGAAGCUCCAAGAAACGAUGAAUCUGAACUCGAACUUCAGAUUUACAAAUUCGAGAUCCAAGGUCUCGCCAAAGCAAAAGAUGGAAGAGGAAUUUAAGAAACCACCUCCAUCCGAUCUGGAUCUCUGUCUGACCCCUACCCUCACGGCCAAGGAAGUAACGGACGGCAGACAUCCGGGCACUCCAUCGGAGGAAUCCGGUGUUACAGCCUGCUUGGACAGUGGGUUCGGAGCACAGGGACAUGGAGGAGGAGGAACGGAGAAGAGGAUACUCAACCUGUUUCUUUGAUGAGAAAGAAAGGCUUUCUCGAAUUCUCCUCCUUUUUAACAGUAGUGAAUUAGAGGUUCACUCGAUCGAGAGCCUAGUUCCAUGUAAAAUUAAUCCAUCCUUCAUUUUUGUCAAUCAUUUUGAUUUUGGGGUUUUACUUUUUGUUCCCCCGGAAGUGAGAGUCCGAUGGGUUUUGUAAAUUACCGGCACAGGAUUCCUUUCUCCUGUUUUGAGUUGAUUUAAGCUGUGAAGAGGGAAAGAUGAUAGUACACCGGUGUGCUUAGCCAUUAUUGUAUGACAUGAAUAAAUCAAUCUAUCUUUU